GGUUGUGAACCGUUUGGCUCUUUCUCCACUAGCAAGCAACCUCACAAUGUACCCCAAUUGCUCUUCAAUGUAAUUUUUUAAAAGGAUUUAUCAAAUGCUACACUUAUGUAAUCAAAACACAUGGCUCAUUUGGGAUUUUAACUACCAAGCUGCCAUCUCGGAGUAGACUUAUAACGCUUUAUUGUGACUAUAUUUUAGAAAAUAGCGGUGGAGGAGGAGAUUCCAUAUAAGGAGCACAGCAGAGAAGGCACCCCUUGUGUAAUCUGGGCAUUUAAACUGAAGAAGGAUACUGUCAUACUUGAAUGACGUUCGGGCACAUGGUUGUGAAACUGGUAGACUGUGCCCUUUCAAAACAUAUUUGUUGUGAAAACAGACUUACUACUGUGGCCUGUGUCCUGUUUGCUGACCUCAUGGUGUAACCAGGUAUAAAGAUGAGCAUAAGCAGUGAUGAGGUCAACUUCCUGGUGUACAGAUACCUACAGGAGUCAGGGUUUUCCCACUCAGCCUUCACGUUUGGGAUAGAGAGCCACAUCAGUCAGUCUAACAUCAAUGGAGCCCUGGUGCCCCCUGCUGCCCUCAUCUCCAUCAUACAGAAGGGCCUGCAGUACGUGGAGGCUGAAGUCAGCAUUAAUGAGGACGGUACACUGUUUGACGGGCGGCCGAUCGAGUCCCUGUCGCUCAUCGACGCGGUAAUGCCGGACGUGGUGCAGACGCGGCAGCAGGCCUACCGAGACAAGCUGGCCCAGCAGCAGGCGGCCCAGGCCCCCCCAGCCAAUGCCACCAACAUGACAGCCAACACCAAGAAUGGAGAGAACACGGCCAAUGGCGAGGAGAACGGAGCGCACGCUUUAGCUAACAACCAUGCAGACUUGAUGGAGGUGGACGGGGACAUGGAGAUUCCCCAGAACAAAGCCAUGGUGCUCCGAGGCCACGAGUCAGAGGUGUUCAUCUGCGCUUGGAACCCUGUCUCCGACCUGCUCGCCUCAGGGUCUGGGGACUCAACGGCGCGGAUCUGGAACCUGAGUGAGAACAGCACCAGCAGCUCCACGCAGCUUGUACUGAGGCACUGCAUACGGGAGGGAGGCCAGGAUGUCCCCAGCAACAAAGACGUUACAUCAUUAGACUGGAAUAGUGAGGGAACUUUACUAGCAACCGGCUCAUAUGAUGGAUUUGCCAGGAUCUGGACAAAGGAUGGUAAUCUUGCCAGUACCCUGGGUCAACACAAAGGUCCCAUUUUUGCAUUGAAAUGGAACAAGAAAGGAAACUUCAUUCUUAGUGCAGGAGUAGAUAAGACUACAAUCAUAUGGGAUGCUCACACAGGAGAAGCCAAGCAGCAGUUCCCGUUCCAUUCAGCGCCUGCUCUGGAUGUGGACUGGCAGAGCAACAACACGUUUGCCUCCUGCAGUACAGACAUGUGCAUCCAUGUGUGUAAACUUGGCCAGGACAGGCCCAUCAAAACAUUCCAAGGACACACGAAUGAAGUAAAUGCAAUCAAAUGGGAUCCAACCGGUAACCUGCUGGCCUCUUGCUCAGACGACAUGACGCUGAAGAUCUGGAGUAUGAAACAGGACACAUGUGUUCAUGACCUGCAAGCUCACAGCAAAGAGAUCUACACAAUCAAAUGGAGCCCCACUGGUCCUGGAACCAACAACCCCAAUGCCAAUCUCAUGCUUGCCAGUGCAUCCUUUGAUUCGACGGUGCGGCUGUGGGAUGUGGACCGAGGCAUCUGCAUUCACACGCUAACCAAACACCAGGAGCCUGUCUACAGUGUGGCAUUCAGCCCCGACGGCAGGCAUCUGGCCAGUGGCUCCUUUGACAAGUGUGUUCACAUCUGGAACACGCAGACUGGUGCUUUAGUCCAUAGUUACAGGGGGACAGGGGGAAUCUUUGAAGUUUGCUGGAAUGCAGCAGGUGACAAAGUGGGAGCAAGUGCAUCAGAUGGAUCUGUUUGUGUAUUAGAUCUGCGGAAGUAACACUCCUUGUUGGAAGCCAUGGACCGACAGUGAAUGUGUACAUAGCCAAAAUAACUGUCCCUGCCCCAUGUACUGCUAGUCCCUCUGAACCAUGGCCGGCCACUACAGACCAGAAACAAGCACCCCAACCUCUACACAACAGAUUCAGGAGCAAGGACACAAUCUGUGCAGCAAAUCCUUCGAGACAUUAAAGGGACACAGACAAAAAAACUAAAAAAAAGAUCCGUAUAUGUACCAACAUUUCAAAGCUAUUUUGCUUUUAGAUCUUUAAACCAUCCUCAUCAAGACAAAAAAAAUAUUUUAAACUUUGUUGGUAGUUCAGUCUCUGUGUACAGACAUAUCGGCUUUCCCGUCCUGCGGCAGGCAGUUAGGUUUUAAAAAAUGAUUUCAAUGUUUAAGUUGAUAUUUUUGGGGGUCACAGCUGCAUGAAGUGGAGGAGUCCUCUUUUUAUACACACUCACAAAACAGUUCUUGAAAAAAAUAGUCUGGUAGUGUGCGCUUUGUGGUUCAAAACAAUAUGGGGACUUGUUUUUACUGUUGACAUCUAAAUGCAGUAGUUUUCAUUUCUUUCCUCUACAGGAGACAUAUUGAUUCUCCUGACUUAAUAUUAUUACAAAUUAACAUUGGGUGCACAUGAAGAGGCAUUGUACAGCUGGAUGCUUUAAAACCAUUUUUAUGGUUGGUUUGUGCACCAUUGAUGGAGCUAGAAAAACGUUCCAUGAUUACCCCUGGACAAAGCUGUACUGCUGUUGUUAUCAUGUGGAAACAUCCAGUAUUGGAUCGCUUAAAGAAGAGAAGCAGACGAGUCAGUAAUGACUGUUCCCUCCCUCCAGUGUGAAUGGUUGGAACUGUGAUGUCCACUAGACCUUUCACCAGAGUGCUUCCACUGGGCAAACUGAGGCCCCUUUUACAACAUAUAGCAAAAAGGGAAGACUUGCUUUAAGUUUUGUAUUCUUCUAAUGAAAACUUAGCUGAUAAUGUGAUUCUCUCAGAUGUUUUUCCAGAUACAUUUCAUAUUGCUGAUGUAUCAUCUGUCACAACAAAACUUCCAUUAAGCUUUUACUCAAAGUGGUUUUACAUGUUGAUUAGGCAAAGUUAUCACUCAAGUCCCAUAGACCAUUUCCCAAACUAGAUAUUGACUGAGGUUAUUUGGAUCACAAACAAGCAAUGCUGUUUUCAGAGGAAAAAUGUCAUCUUAAAGCAAGUCUGGGUGUUGGGCUAGGAAUCAGAAAUCACAUGGAGUGACAUGCACCAUAUAAAUUAUUUUUGUGCUGCUCAAUAUUUAAAAAAGUUAACUGAAUUUGAAGCAUAACCAUUUAAAGACAUGCGACAGACACUGUGUGGUAUCUUUUCAAAUCAUUGUGAGAAGAGAAUUCCCCUGCUGGACAGUAAUCAAUCAAUAGUUAAAUAUUUUUUGUUUGACUUUCAACAAUCUUAAUUUGAAAUGGGACACAUCUGAAUAUUCACCGGUUACAGUCUAGAUAUCCUGUUAAAUGCAGUGUGUUUGUUUUUUUCAACAAAGAAAGCCAGUCUGAUUUUACAGAUGGCAGAAUGAGGUUUUGGCUUGAUGGAAAUGUGAGGAUCCAUGGCCAGGAUCCCUUGUUCCCCUGGUUUAAGACUUAUGUUAGCGGUUUAUUUUUUGGGAUAUCACUACACAUAUAGGGGCAGAUGCAUGGGCCCAUAUGAAACCUACUCCUGGUCUCAAAAAGCACUUUCAAUUGAAACAUUGAGGAUGUUUAUUAUUAGAGUAGGUUUAAUCAGGGUCUGUGCAACCAUCCCAUAAAUGUGCAUUUUAUACAGUGUAGUCCUUUUAGAUCUGUAAAAACUGUCUACUCUAAGUAGAUUGUACCAUCUGGACACUAUUUAUUAUACAGUCUAUGACAGUGGAAGGUUAUUUUAGGUUUUCUUUAAUGAUAAAUCUGCUGUCCUAGUGUCUGCUUUGCCCUUCAUUUUCACUACCUGAAUUCUAAUCAUAUUCUUAUGUGUAUGUCCUCUGGACAUUUUGUACUCUUUUAAAACUUUUGUAAUUCAUAUUUCUUUGUAGCCUAAAGGAGUAAAAUGUAAGAUUAUUGGAGAUAAUCAAGUACAGUAUGUUCCAGUUUAAUGAUUUUUUGGGUUCCACAUUGCAUCAUGAGUGCCCACGCCCCACCCUUGGUUUCUCGAGUCAAAAUGUGUUUUUGCAGAUUGCAUUGAUCUGUUGUAAUUUGAACCAGAUCUGAAAAAAAAAGUCCAGAAUAAAAUAUAUUUUGAUAUUAA